ACGGGCCGGAGCCGGUACCCGAGGGAAGAGGCAGCCGCCUUCCCGCUGGCCUCAGGCUUGAAAAGCAGUUGUCAUGCUGUCUUAUGUACAAACGUUCCACUGUUUAGGGAGACUGUUAUGUAACAUAAACAGUGCUGCAGUGUAGUAACAUUUGAUUAAAACCUUGCAAGCAAACACCAAAAUGAGCAAGCGAUCGAGCAGUGACAUUCCUUUAGGAAGGAUGAGUUCAGCAGCGUUCCCAUCUCCAGCUGCUGAGAUGGCAGAAAUGAAUCGAAUUCAGUAUGAAAUGGAGUACACUGAAGGGAUCAACCAGAGAAUGAGAGUUCCAGAAAGACUCAAAGUAGCUCCACAAAAUGCUGAUCUUGAGCAGGGUGUUCUUGACGGAGGGCUUCCCAAUGCCAGUGUAACAAUGCAGGUGCCAGAGCGGAUUGUAGUGGCAGGCAAUAGUGACGACAUUCCACUUUCCAGACCCCCAGAUCUAGAUCUUCUCCAGUCAACUCCAUUCAAGCCUUUAUCACUGAAAACGCCUCCCCGUGUUAUCUCGCUCAGUGAACGACCGCUAGAUUUCCUGGAUCUGGAGAGAGCUCCUGCUCAGACCCCUCAAAAUGAAGAGGUUCUCUCAGUCAGAAGGCUGAAAAGAGAACGUUCAAUGAGUGAAAAUGCAACUCGUCAAAAUGGUCAAUUGGUCAGAAAUGAAUCCAUUGUGACACCAUCACCUCAACAGGUUCGUGUCUGCCCUCCCCAAAUGUUCUCUGAAGAUGGAUCUAACCUUUACUCUGCUCGGGGCAUUUUGUCGCUUAUCCAGUCUUCCACCCGUAGGGCUUACCAGCAAGUCUUGGAUGUGCUGGAUGAAAAUCGCAGAUACGGUCUUUCAAAUGUGGAUACAACAUUUGAGGGAACACCAGAAGAUAUGACAGUUGUGGAUGCCGCUUCACUAAGACGACAGAUAAUCAAACUUAAUCGCCGUCUACAGCUUCUGGAAGAAGAAAACAAAGAACGUGCUAAAAGAGAAAUGAUCAUGUACUCAAUUACUGUAGCUUUCUGGCUACUAAAUAGUUGGCUUUGGUUUCGGCGCUAGAGGUAGCCACUCCACUUCAAAGAAAUUUGACAGUGGGAAAAAUAUAGAGAAUUUGCAAAGUCCUUUGUUUCUGUCUCUGAAUUGUACGGUGAUUUAUGAUCCACGCACUGGAAAUUCUGCUGCCGUGAACAGCUAUAACAUUACAGUGUUAAAGGGAUGUCUGGAUUAUUGUAUUUAUUUUUUCAGAUUUGUGGUUACAUUCUGUUAUGCUCCUUUUGCAUGUCUCAGUGUACAUUUGGAUGAAUUGUUUUGCAAAGGGAACUGCUUCCAUCUCAACCUAGUGAAGGCAUCCUGCAGACAA